AUGGCGGCGCUUUCUUCCAAUUGGAAGAAGCUUCAGGCAAAACUCAAGGAAGAGUCUGCAUCAAAGCCAUCUCUCAAGCGCAAAUCGGAGACUUUAAGAACGAAUCCACCACCUAAAAAGUCUAAGCUGCAAGAGUGCCUAAAAAAACCGACAAGAAGACCAGCAAAAGCAGCUCAAAUAACAACCAAAAAGCCAAUGGGUGGUGUUCACAGUUCAAAAAUUGAGGAGUCAGUACCUGGGACCUCAACAUCCCUUGCACUGUGGGCAGAAGACAAUGAUGUGUCUGCGGAAGCCCUGGCAGAGGCAUACAGUCUGGGCGCAAAGGACAAUUCGAUGAUGCUCGCCUCAGCAAAGGACAAAAUCAACCAUGGACUCACAGAAGGAAUUGAGGUUGGAAAAUACAUCGCUAUCGAUUGCGAAAUGGUUGGCGUGGGGCCAGGCGGUCAUGAAUCGGCUCUCGCUCGCGUGAGCAUCGUCGAUUUUCACGGUGUGCAGAUUUACGACUCUUAUGUGAAACCUAAGGAGAAGGUCACAAACUGGAGGACAGCGGUCAGUGGGAUUGACCAAAAGAAGAUGAGAUUUGCAAGGGAAUUCGACGAAGUUCAAGCAGACAUCGACAAGCUUCUCCAAGGCCGGAUAUUGAUUGGACAUGAUCUCAAGCAUGAUCUAGACGCCCUCAUUCUCAGCCAUUCUGGAAAAGACAUCCGCGAUACCGCCAAAUUCCCAGGUUUCAAGAAAUAUGGCAAUGGAAGAAAGCCGGCACUGCGGGUUCUCGCUCAGAAGAUCCUGGGCGUUGAGAUACAGGGGGGCGCACAUUCUAGUAUUGAGGAUGCGCGAGCAACCAUGUUGCUGUUUCGCAAGCACAAGCAGGCGUUUGACGUUGAUCACGCAAAUCGAUAUGCGCCGAAACUAGCAUCAGGCGGCCAGAAAGGCGCCAAAUCGAAAAAGAAAAGAAAUUGA